AUGGCGCAUACGAGAAAAUCUGACCCCCACCCCCUCUUCCCCCUCCCCGACCCCCCACGGCCCCCAACUUGUAAAACUUUCAGCGAGGGGAAGGGGGCUCAGCUUGUGAAGUGUCCCCCUAGUGACCUAUACAAAAGCACCGCAAGAUUACCCGUACACUUGCAAUUCAGCAUGCUCUUGUGCGAAACUUAUAGGUAUAGCUAUGACACCUCGCCCAAGGCUGCAGGAAGGGUACCGGACUCUGAAGUUCCAGACCAGCGGCUUUGGUGUGUAGAGCCCAGUCGCAUGGGUUGGAGCAGUGACGUGCAGGUUUCUGAGCUUGUCCAAUAUUCAAAAUCAGGCCCAUUGCCACACAAUCAGGAAAGGAAAACGGAAGAAACGAGAAGAUCAUUCAACAGCAAAGUCGAGAAUGCACCCACAAGUUACAAGAACACCAUCACCGCCUUAAAAAACCAAGCCGUUCUCCCGAGACGAGGGACAAGGAGAUCAAGCUCCCAGCCCAAAAGCAAACGAGACGGAAAUGUGUACCGGAACAACAACGCUCAUGAGCUGCGGCCACGCCCUCCUGCACCGCAAGACGCCGUGCUCGUCCUCUGUGCGCCUCAAAGCUCCCUGUCAGGAGCUCCACGGCCCGACACAACGCUUCAACGACACGUGCGCGAAGUGCCAUCCUUCUUUCAUCAUGUCCGAGAUAAACCAACGCUACGAUCAAUUGCAGGCGGACCUUGUAUCGGCGAUGUUGAAGGCUGA